AUGAGCUAUAGUGGUUAUGAUAUCGAGGUAUAUAAACUUUUAACGGCUUAAACUUUACAAAUAUCGAUGUCUGUCUGGUUAGUGUCUGACCUAUCUGAAAAAGAUUGUGUCUGACUCUGAACUACCCAAAAAAGAUUUCUCAAACGUAGUUGUCCGGUAAAGAUAUAUAGUGUUAAGCUACCGCGGUUUGUGUUUGGAGUAUACACUGACGUGCUCUGUAGGUUACUUUUUUUUCUUUUUUUUCCUUUUUUUAUUAGUUUUACAAUAAGAAAUUGAAGGCACAGACCACAGAACUAAUAAAGUCCCAAAUUAAGUCCUGCCAUACAUAAAAAUACUACGCUAUACUAAAAUAUAUAGCUUAAUGAUUUUCCGGAAGCUUUUACUAAAUUUGACAAUGAAGAGAUUGAAAAAACUAUGAGUUUUAGGUUGUACUCUUACGGCAUUGCCUGUCACAAACUGCCAAACUGGCAUUUUCUUAUAGCUUAACAUCCGUGAACAAAACUAUAUAUGUUGGCACGUCGUGCAGAUUUUGGCUUUAUAGCCGAAAUUACACUGAUACUUCCCGAAUUUUUUGGCUGGUAAUGAAGUAAAUUUGGGAAGUGUCUAUUAUUAAGCCAACAAUUAAAAAAGAUAGAGAAAGACAGUUAUAAUAGGUUACCCAAUUGCUGUAGCACCAACGGCUCGAGCGGGAAAAACUGCUGUAAACUACAGUAACCACAUUUCAUUUUGUUCAGGAUGCCCUCGUUUUAAACAAGGCUUCCGUUGAUAGAGGUACGCCAAUUAUUACUUAUUUACUGCAUGCAUGGGACCGAGGGAAACAGUGUGUUUUGUGCACUGUGUUUGCAUGUGCACCCAUAAUCAAUUUUUCAGCUAACCAAUUUCUCUUUGAUACUGUAUCAAGCAUUGUUAAUGAGUCAUUUCUUAUUCUUGUCACAAGAUAACUUAUGCAUGUAUGUACAUUGUUGUACAAACUUUAGAAACACCUUAGUAGAUGCUUGUGUGAUGUUACUCUGAGUGUAUAUCCACACCGGGCAGGCUUGAAAAAUAUGCCUGGCCACGGUGGGAUUCGAACCUACGACCUUUGGAAUACUAGCCCAAUGCUCUGCCAACUGAGCUACGCGGUCAGGUCGGUUCGAGUAUGCGAUAUUUCGGAACUGAGUCUAGUUCCUUCGAUAUCAGUGUAAUCUAAUAAUCAUGAUAUUUGCUGUGUUAGUGCAAUGUACUCAGGUGAAUAAGAUGCUUGUGUGAUGUUACGUCUUAGUAGAUUAUAAUUAAAAUUGAAAGACCUGUUUUACAAGUUUAUGUAUGAUGUUUGUGAUGUUACUCUGAGUGUACAUCCACACUGGGAAAGCUGAAAAGUUAGCUUGGCCACGGUGGGAAUCGAACCCAUGACCUUUGGGAUACCAGUCCAAUGCUCUGCCAACUGAGCGAUGGACUGGUAUCCCAAAGGUCGCGGGUUCGAUUCCCACCGUGGUCUGGCAAACUUUUCAGCUUGCCCGUUGUGGAUGCACACUCAGAGUAACACCACAAGCAUUAUAUUCACCUGAGUACAUAACACCAACACACACAAAAAUGUUAUAUCUUAGAAUACAAGUUGAUAUAUCUUCUGUACCUUGUAGGUUUUGGACGAUGUUUAGUAUAUCGUAAACAGAAUUGUGUGUUAAAGAGAUACGCCAAUCAGGUAUACAUUUGUUGCUUUUUGUAAUGCUAACAUUAUAUUUAGCGCUUUAUAUUGGGUAAAUGCUAUGUUGUCGACAAAGUGUGUUCCUAGUUGUUGUGACAAGUUUGGAACAAACUUGAUGGCAUCAUCAGACUUGUUACAAGUCUGAUAUACAGUCAUGCUAUACAAGAAUGUUACAGGGUUAAUGACAUAACGUUGUAACAACAUUGUUAUAUCAUGACUGUAUCAGACUUGUUGGAACAACCUUGCAACAAGUCUGAUAAUAUCAACAACGGUUGUUACAACUGUUAACAUGUUGUUCCAUAUUUGUUGAUAACUUGGAACAAGCUGUGCGAACAUAACUUGUUGACGGUUUGUUGGCAGACUUGCUACAACUUGCGUGCGUGUAUACCGCAUAAUCAUCUGUUAUACAAAACCAUCUUAAGCUUUUGCAAGAUGAGAACCUGUUCAGGCUAGAAUUUCAAAGUAGAUCAUAUUAUCAAAUAGAGUCAAAAUUAAGUCAAAAGUUACAAUCAGUUUAGCUUUAAAGUGCAAACAGUGCAUGCACUGUCAUUUUUUAGACCAUUUGUGCACAAUUUAUACAAAUCAUGUACCAUAUACAUAAUCAUUUACCUUUGUAAAAUGAGUCGCUUCUCUCUUAGGAAAAUAAGAACCUAUUUAAGAAUCUAUUUAUACCAAACUUCCUGCUAAGCACCAUAUAAAUAAGAACCUGUUUAGGCUAACUUGGAAAAUCUAGGUUCUUAUAUAUAUAUAUAUGCGAGGUUUUACUUGCACAUAUGAAAAUAUUGUUAACCAGUAAUAUAUACAUUUACAGUUUAGUGUAUAUUUGCAGUUCCAUCAUUAAUAUCAUUUCAAUCAAUUUUACUCGUUUCUUAUCAUGGUAAGACAUUUAUUUCCCUUGUACAGAAUCUUGUUAUUUUUAUUUCUUUAGACGUUUGAUCGUGUCAUGGGUAAGAGAAAAUUACUUCUUGUUCUGUAAUAAAUACAUUGUAAAAACAAAAAAAUAUAGAUAACAAAAUUGUAUCUCACUUAAAACGAGCAUUUCAAGAUUUCAACUGUAGCUCAGUCAAUCAGUAUGAAGCUACAUUGUAGUUAUUUAAAGUGCAAUUAUUUAUUUAAGUUAUUUUGUUGCAAGAAACAAUACAAAACUAAUUUGCAUUGCCUUUUUAAAUGACGUCAGUCCCGGAAACUUUAACAGCCAAAAAUACCAUGAAGAUGACGUUUUUUACAAGGAAAAUAUAUUGCAUUUCAUCUUAAAAUGCACUGGAUAUUACAAAUAUGUAAAAUUGAAAAUAGCUGUAUGUGCACUUUAAACAUGAUUGGCUAAUACAAUCCAAAUUCUUUCUAGUUUCUAACCUGAUGAAUGACCUUUACUCGAAACGUUGAAAUGCUUUCCUUCAAGAUAUAGAUAAUGUUUUUCUCUAGGUCCCAGCCGUGACGCGCAAACUAAAGAUGUCAUCUGGCGACAUAAAGUUCUAGAUGAAGACGGAAUUGUUGCUCCUG